GUAGAAAAGAGAAAGAAACAGUCGCCCAUCUUUUCUUUACUUGCGAAAAGACUUGGUUUUUAUGGCAAUGGUGCGGAGGCCUUUGCAAUUUGAAUUAGAUCGCUCACCGCGACCGCCUGGUAAGUUUCCUAUCCAGGUUUGAAUUCAAUUCUAGUUUGGACAACAAUUUGGUCUUGAAAAUAGCUUGGUAUGCCAUUAUUUGGACAAUAUGGAUUGGUAGAAAUGAUACUACCUUUAGAGGCAAAUAGUGGAAUGCUUGUCAAAUCUUUGAACUUAUUAAGGUUAGAGUUGCAUGGUGGCUCAACGCAAGGUGGCCAAACCUUAAUAUGUCAGUUGGUGACUUGAUUAGAUUCCCAAAUGAGGGCCUUAACCCCAAACUAAAAAAGAAGAUUAAAAAACAGGAAGCAUGGGUGAAAUCAUAGUCUGGAUUUCUUAAAUUUAAUACGGAUGGCACCUUGCGGGGUAACCUAGGCGAUUUGGGGGUUGGUGGUAUCUUGCGAGAGGAUAAUAGAGACUCACUCAUUCUUUUUCUCAAAGUCCAUAGGAGUCAUAGACUCUAAUAUGGCAGAAUUAAUGGCUGUUAAGGAGGCCAUCUUAUUGCUUGCUGCUUCGGCUUGGUGUGCUACUCAUUCGUUGAUCAUUGAAUGUGACUCUUCUAAUGUGGUCAAAUGGCUCAAAAACCCUCACGACGUGCCCUGGUGACUAAGUCUAUCAUUCGAAUUAUCAAGAUAUUGGAAAUGGUCCAAAAUUGGCAAGAUAUUCGAAUUGAAGAUAGCUUAGCUAAAAAUGGUGUGCAAAGACCCCAGGAUCUUCUUUGGAUUAAUAGUGAAGCUCUGCAAUUGAUGCAAACCAACAGCAAUAAUUCCAGGCUGGAGCUUCAAGUCCUUAACAUGAAUGAAACAGCGUUGCCCGCUGCUAUGCUGUUGCUGGUCUCUGACUUUGAUCUCAGGAACAGGAUGUGGAAAAGAAUUUCUUGCAGAUGUCAAGUUCUACCGGUCUGCACCAUUUACUCUAUGCACCGAGAUUUUGGCCUCUUAAUUUUCUAUGCCUUUAAGCUUCUUUUGCAUGUAAUGAAUUCUGACAAACUUAUGUCCUUGUUGCUUUUGUAUGAUGAAAUUUUGUAUAGAUGUUUGCUCGCUUGUGGCUAAGCUGAUGGAAGCAGAUUGCUUCCUCUUUUUCUUGUCUUGGUUAUGAAGCUUCUUUUUGUCUCGCUUCUAACCUUGUACAGCUCAUUUUAAUAUUAAUGAAAAGCAGCUUAUCAAUAUAUAUAUAUAUAUAGAUAUGGCUGAUCGGUUAGCUAAGGAUGGCAUUGGCAGAGUAACAAAUCUUAUUAACUACUGCGAAAAUGAGACAAUGGAGGUAAUGAGGGAGUUUACAACAGAGUCGGAAUCUACCAGACUGUGAAGCCAAAGAAACUAAUAACUUGGAGGGAGAGCUGUGAGGUGGCCGAAGGGUGGGAGGAAGGCAAUUUUAAGGUAAAGCUCUUCUUAAUGGAGCAAUAAAACAGAAUGGGCAACUGUUUUGUAUAGCUGUAAAGGGGAAGGGACUUUCAUAGAUUUCCUUUUUUUUGCUAGGAUAGUUUUUUCUAACCCUGAUGGGCUAGUUGUUUGAUUGCUGGGAUGUUUUGUCCAGUUUAUGUUCCUUUGAUCCCAUGAUUUUGAGCUAGUAUGCCUGGUUCUUAUGUGUGUAGAGGCAUAUGAUCCAA